AUGGCGGUGACAGAGGCUAAAACUGUAGCUUUUAGUCGUCUAUACGAGGAUCUAGGGGCCAAAGAAGGGGAGAAAAAAUUAUUCUGGCUGGCUAAGGUGAGGGAGAGGAAGGCACGAGAUCUGGAUCAAGUGAGGAGGUUGGUGGAGCAGUACAAGGAUAUGGAGAAAGAUCUGCACAUGGCGUUUAUUGAUCUGGAGAAAGCAUAUGGCAAGGUUCCUAGAGAGGUUCUUUGGAGAUGCCUAGAGGCUAAAGAUGCACUGACACACCAUGUUCAAGGAGAGGUGGCAUGGAGUAUGUUAUUCACUGAUGACAUUGUUCUGAUUGAUGAGACGCGUAGUGGCAUUAAUGAGAGGCUGGAGGUUUGGAGACAUGCCCUUGAGGCUUGGAUCGCAGAGGAGGAGCUUGAAUGCCCCGGUAAGGCGGUGCAAGCGGUUGGCAUUGGUGGAAAUGAGGAGAGGUAG